AUGACGAUGUUACCAAUGAAACACAUUCAAUCGCCCAAGAAUCAAUCUUCGCCUGUUGCCAAUACCGAAGAACACGUAGAGCGACAAAUGGAAUCAGUUGAUCCAAACCAACAAGCUGACAAGAAAGUCGAAUCCAACUCAUUUGAAGUGACAAACAAUCAGCAUAAAACAGAGAAAGUUGACGGAAAAACCUUACUAGAGUCAGAACAGAAGGAAGAACAAACACAGGUCCAACAUCAACCAACUACAUGUGGUGUUCCUGAUAAAGAAUUGAAAGCCACUGAUAUAAAGACUGAGACAUCUAUCGGAGCCUGUAACGAUUGCCUUGUAGAAAAGGGUUCUGUAAAGGCGAGAAUUUCGACAUUUGAGGAACAUAUAAAUAAAGAUAUCCCAAAGACGAAGAAGGAAGUUCCAUUGGUUGUUCCAUGGCUUCAUCUAGAACCAACAAUAGCAGUAAUUACAGACGGUAAAAUAACUGAAAUUAUUUACGGACGGAGAUCCAAAAUGCAGAAAAAAGUCAUCCAACCACAAUGUAAACGUACAGUAGAAGAUAAUAAAUUAGAAAACGAGAUAGAAAUUAUUGAAGAAGGGAUCUGUAUUGACCAGAUUAACAAAAAAGGAAAGAAAAGAUCAAGAUUUAGGAAAUGGAUGAGACGAUUUGGACAGGCCUGUUCUAAUUUAUCAGAGAGAAUGUUUUACUGUUGUAAUAACAUCACUGUUGUAUAA